UACAUACAGGAGAGGAGUGUGGAGGUAUGACAGUGAUCGGUACGUACAGGAGAGGAGUACGGAGGUAUGACAGUGAUUGGUAUGUACAGGAGAGGAGUACGGAGGUAUGACAGUGAUCGGUAUGUACAGGAGAGGAGUGUGGAGGAGGGUGACAGUGAUGGGUAUGUACAGGAGAGGAGUACGGAGGUAUGACAGUGAUGGGUAUGUACAGGAGAGGAGUACGGAGGUAUGACAGUGAUGGGUAUGUACAGGAGAGGAGUGUACGGAGGUAUGACAGUGAUGGGUAUGUACAGGAGAGGAGUACGGGGUAUGACAGUGAUGGGUAUGUACAGGAGAGUAGUGUACGGAGGUAUGACAGUGAUGGGUAUGUACAGGAGAGGAGUGUGGAGGUAUGACAGUGAUGGGUAUGUACAGGAGAGGAGAGUACGGAGGUAUGACAGUGAUCGGUAUGUACAGGAGAGGAGUACGGAGGUAUGACAGUGAUCGGUAUGUACAAGGGAGAGGAGUACGGAGGUAUGACAGUGAUCGGUAUGUACGGGAGAGGAGUACGGGGUAUGACAGUGAUGGG